AGAACCAUGUGUAAGAUGAGCAGCAUCUUGGAAACCCUCAAAUUUAUGCUUCUGUUAAUCUACUACUACUUUGAAGUCUUUGUUAUGAAGUUUUGUCGGGCUCCUAAGAAUGUUGCAGGGGAAAUAGUGCUUGUUACAGGAUCAGCAAAUGGAAUUGGAAAACAGAUUGCUUUAAAUUUUGCCCGUCUUGGAGCCAUUCUGAUUCUCUGGGAUAUUGAUGAACAAGGUAAUGAAGACACGGCUGAACUUAUGAAAAGAAAUGGAGCUUUAGCUGUUUAUACCUACAAGUGUGACUGCAGCAAGCGGGAAGAAAUUUAUGCAGUGGCAGAUCAGGUUAAAAAAGAAGUGGGAGAUGUUAAUAUUCUAAUCAACAAUGCAGGUAUAUUAAAUGGGAAGAAUUUCAUUGAUCUUCUAGAUUCUGAAAUAGAAGAAACACUAGAUGUGAACAUUAAGGCACAUUUCUGGACUUGCAAAGCCUUCCUACCAGCCAUGAUUUCCUGUAACCAUGGUCAUUUGGUUACUAUUUCAAGUACAGGAGGACUAACUGGAGCUAAUAAACUCUCAGACUAUUGUGCAAGUAAGUGGGCAGAAACUGGGUUUUUGGAAGCUGUUGCUUUUGAAUUGCAGGCUGCAGGAAAGAAAGGCAUUAAAACUACUAUUGUCUUUCCUUAUUAUGUGGACACAGAAAUGGUUACUGGAGUAAUAACAACGAGGCCCUGUCUAUAUCCAAUCUUGGAUGUAGAAUAUGUAGGCAGGAAAAUUGUGGAUGCUAUUCUGAAAGAGAAGUUUUAUCUGUUUAUUCCACCCUGGGUCUGCUUUGCUACUCUAAAAAUAUUUCUUCCUACAAAAGUAAUUUUCCUUCUUGUCGAAUAUUUUGGAAUCUUCAAUAACUUAGAUCACUUCAAAGGUCGGAAGAAAAGGAAAGGGAACAAAAAUUAA